GGCGGCAUGCUGCACUCACCUUGGGGUUUCGGGGAGGAAAUUGGGUUAGGGUAGUGCGGAUGUGGAUGAUGGAAGACGAACUAGAAGUCAAAGUGAUUCAUCAGGCGUUAAUUUCACACAUGAAACUCGUGUCCAAGUUCGUGGGUUCACCUCCCAACAUUAGUCAACUUUGGCAUGGUUGGCGUCUGUGCCGAGCCAAUUUACUGAGACCUGAGUUUCUAUUAAUUACUUUAAUUACGUUCAUUAUCUUCUUUUAUUUGCAUGCUGUUACCCUAUGGAGCCGUAAUUUGGUUGGUCGACUAAAUUUCGAUGUGAAUAGAGGCUCAUCUUCUGGAUCCCAGAAACUUAAAUAUCUCAACCACAUUGGUUUGAACGAUGUCGAGAAGUUCAAAUGGGAAAUUGUGAACGGAAAUGUGGCAGCUUAUGCUAUCCAGGGAAGACGUCCAAAAAUGGAAGACAGAUUUGUGGUGAACAAAAAUAUCAAUGACACAGGCGUAUCAUUUUUUGCAGUCUUUGAUGGACAUGGUGGUGAGUUUGCUGCCAAUUAUGCACAAGAAAACUUAAUGGUAACAUUAAUUAGCAAAAUUGCAGCUCUACAGAGAUUAAUUGCAAAUGGUGUCCCUUCGCAUGGCUCUUACAUUGCCCCAUCAAAUGUUCCCUUAUCAAGUCCUGAAAACAAAGCAAAGGAUGUCACUGUUGAAAGAGAGAAAAACUUGAAGAAGACUGCCCCUGCUUCUGUGACAGAUGACUGUUUGGAGCAGUCGAUGAAAAUGGAAAUAACUGAUCCACAGAUUUUAGAAAAAUUAUGUCAUAAAAUUACAAGGAAAGUCUUAGGACUAUCUGCAACUGACGUAUCAUCUCCACCAGCUGCUGAUCUACAAACCUAUCUCAUCAAGGAAAAGUCAAUAGACUACAGACAACUACUACAUGAUGUUGUCCUUUCUACAGAUAAAGAGCUUGUAGCUGCUGCAAAAAAAACAAUGAACAUAGCAGGAACCACUGCAUUAAUUGCAUUAAUAGAAGGAUCAAGAUUGAUCGUGGCAAAUGUUGGUGACUCCCGGGGAGUUAUGUGCGACCAUAAGGGCAAUGCAAUACCAUUAUCAUUUGAUCAUAAACCUCAAAUGCGACGAGAGAAGCAGAGAAUUAGAGAGGCUGGUGGAUUCAUCGCAUUCAAUGGAGUUUGGCGAGUGGCAGGAGUACUAGCAACUUCUAGAGCGCUGGGAGAUUAUCCUUUAAAAGAUAAGAAUCUUGUUAUAGCUAGCCCUGAUGUACUGACAUUUGAUUUAUACGAUCACAAGCCGCAGUUUUUAGUUCUAGCUUCGGAUGGUCUGUGGGAUACUUUUACAAAUGAAGAAGUUGUUGCUUUCAUAAAGGAGAGGCUCCGUGAACAGCAUUUUGGUGCAAAAAGUUUAACUCACUCUGCAUAUCUACGUGGAUCUUUAGACAAUAUCACUGUCAUGGUGAUAAAUCUGAAAGAUCACGAUUGGUCUCGUAAUUCAAUGACGUAAGGUGCACUCAGGUUCUAGUUCCGGAGCCUUCUCUUCUCUAGGGUACAAAGAGUCGCAAUAGGAAUGGAGGAGCUGGCGCCACUUUUAAGCAUUUUCCAGUAGAGAUGGAAAAUUUCAUGAAAUCUACUCACGUGAAAUCUCAUGCAUGACAUUUCGUGACAUUUUUUUAAACUUUAGGGGUUGAACUCUGGGGGCCAAGGAACGCCUACAAACAGUGAUUCUAGAUUUUGAAAUUUUUCACCCCAAGCCUAAAACAUUCACACGUUGAAAAUUUGUUCGUUUGGUUUAGAGGGCUGACUGUCAUUUCGGCACAAAGUAAAUUUGUGGUAAUUUUUCUGAUUAUCGUUGUCGCACAAAAACAUUUUCGCACAAAUAAUUUUCUGUAGUAUGUGGCAACGUCGAGAAAAAUAUGAGGCAUAUUUAAGAUAAAUGAGUGAACAAAGAUUGAAAAAAUUAUUUCUUACCUUACUCAGCAGUCCAGCAGGGAUCGUCAGGGAUAAUUUUCCUUGACUGCGUAUGAGCAUCCUCGACGGCUUUACUUUUAACCGCCGUUCGAGUUUCUUGCCGCGCAAUUGAUCUUGCGCUAGUGCUUUGAUGAUGAUGCUCUUUAUCAAUUCCUACUAUAGUCUCAUUUCAGGAUCUGUCACGCAAGUUGCAUAGUAACUUUUUUCGA